GUAGGACACGUGCCGCCAUGAAGCUAUACCGGCCGCUGCACGUGUGCGCGUACGUGUUCGGCGUUUUCCCGGCGACGACCCCGUGCCCGCGGGAUUCGGAACGCGAACGGUUCCGGGUCCACUGGCCGGGCGUGGUGCUGAAGGCAUUUUACACGCUUUUCUACUGGCUGGUGUCCGGCAUGCUCGCCGUGGCGUCCCUCCAUAACCUGCAGAACUACCGGAAGCCCAUCAAGAACACGCGCGUGCUGGACAUCGACGAGCUGUUCGUGUAUAUGAUGAUUCUCGGCAUCACAGCCACCACCUUGUGCCAGUCCCAGAUGCUCUGGCCUUCCGUUACGCACGCCGUGAACGAGUGCUUUUUCGACCUGUGCCGGCUGGACGACGUCACCGGCGCCUGGCAGUUCUUCACCGCGUUCACCAUCGUCCUGCUUGUCGUCUAUGAGUUCGCCAUGUACUUCUUCCUAAUCACUUACAAGUUCACUUACAACAUAGCAAAACUGAUUUGUUUUUUUCCAUUGCUGUCGAACAUCGCGUGCAUCGUGAUUGAACAAUUCUUCUAUCUGAUGUGCAUAUCCCUGUAUCUCCGAUUGCGGGUCCUGCACGAGGAUAUCAAGAGGCUGGUGCACAAGGCCGAGCACCCACGUUGGAGAUGCUGGGUAACGCCCGCGGCCGGAGUACCUACGCGGCUGGGCAUACCCGCGUUCAGCGCCUCCGACAUCCGUGACCUGCGGACCGUCCACCGCGCUUGCAUGGAGCUGUUCACGCGCAUCAACCACCUGUUCCAGCUGCCGUUGUCAUUCUGCAUAGUCGACUGCACGUUCCGCAUCGUCAUCUACCUGUACGGCAUCGCGUUCGAUGUGACCAUCGUCUUGUGGGAGAAGAAGAAACACAUCAACUACGUCGACGCUGUCUUAUAUUCCGGUUACUGCGUGACCAGAGUUUUCCGACUGUGGCACCUGCACCUGUGCGAGCACUACGUGACCAAAAAGAUUAUACCAAUACGUUUGUCACUGAGCUGGCUUUCGCUGGUUUUGAAUCCAGUUUCAAGCCGCAGACUUAUGCCCGAGAUAAUUUUGUUUCAACAUCAACUUGAUACUAUUAAGUCCAAGUUCCAUAUAUUCGGCGUUUUAAAUAUUAAAAUGACAUUACUUUAUACGGGAUUUGGUACAAUAUUGACAUAUACUGCAUUAUUGCUACAAUUCUUUGGAGUCAAUCACAUUUCAAUGGAAAAUAUAUCUACAAAAUUAAAUAAUGAAACGAAUUCAGGGAAAUAA